AUGGGGCGUCUCGCCCUCUAUCGUAGGUUCAUUGAUGACAUCCUCAUUAUUUGGAAGGGUAAUUGGGGUGAAGUAGAGGAUUUUAUGAUGUCCAUUAACAAUAAUCAGUGGGGCCUCUCUUUUACACAUAAACAACAUAAAUCUACUAUAGAUUUUCUGGAUCUCACCCUAAUUGGGGUUGAGGGUAAAAUUAUCACCAAGACAUAUCAGAAAAGUGUGGAUGUUAAUGGGUAUCUACAUGCUAGAAGUGGGCAUCAUCCCACGUGGAUCCAGAAUAUCCCCUCGGGGCAGUUCACUAGAAUCAGACGCAACUGCUCAUUUAUGUGUGAUUAUGAAAAAGAGGCACUAAUGCUUUCCCAGCGUUUUGUAGAGAAAGCCUAUCCUCUGAGGAUUAUCCUGGAGGCUUAUUUGAAAGGUCUUAAGUUUGGGAUGAUACCACGGUCAGAGGCUCAUAAUAAAACUUUGCUUACGAUGAAUUCCUCUAUAUCAUCUUUAUAUAGAGGACAAGAACACCACUCUAGUGAACACUUUAAGAUCCUUGAACUUUUGGGUGGGUCCUGUGACCAGUCUCUGAAAAAAGCAAAAUUUAAUAUCAGUACCAAAGAGGUCGGCACAGGCAAAACACCCAUAUUUUCCACUACCUUUAAUAUAGGUUUUGAUGAGAUUAUAGGAGUUUUUGACAAAUAUUGGCCAAUAUUGACCAGUGACCCUUGGUUGUCUUUCUGUAUUUCAAAGGUUCCCAGGGUUACUUUUAGAAGGGCCCCUAAUUUGAAAAACAUCCUAGCUCCUUCGAAACUGCACUGUCAAAAUGUAGGACACCAGAGAGUGUGCCAAGAGGCUGCAGUUAAUAAGCGUUGUGGUCAUGCUAAAUGCUUAACUUGUGGAUUUAUUUGUCAUCAACAAUCCACGUUUAGUUCGUUUGAUAGUACUGAGAUCUUUUCUGUGCAGUCAUCAAUUACUUGUAACACUUCUUUUGUGGUAUAUCUCCUAAUUUGUCCCUGUGGACGGCAAUAUGUGGGUCAAACUAUCAGACCCUUGAAAUGUAGAUUUCGUGAACAUAGGACAGCUAUAUUACGUAACGAUAGUAGAUCCCCGGUGGCCCGCCACUUUACUAUCUUUCAUGAUAAUAAUCCUGUUGGUCUUAAAUUAAUGGGAAUAGUACAUAUUCCCUUCCAUCAGGAUGAAGCGAAGAAAAAACGUGAAUUAAUUAAGGCUGAAUCAGUGUGGAUCUUCAAGCUGAACUCUAUGUCACCUAAUGGCUUAAAUGAGGAACUAGAAUUAUUUUGA